AGAGGAGGGUGUCGGGGAGGAGACGGGGGUGGUCACUCUCAAGCCAGAGAUGGUCAGCGCCCAGUUUGACCUCAUUGACCCCAGCUCUCCCUCAGAGGAUCAGAAAAUGCCGGCCCAGGGAGAAGAGGGAGGAGGAGCUGGAGUAUUUCAUCACCAAGAAGUACAACCGCCUGGGUUCAAAGGUCAAGGAAAAAGUGACCAGCCUCAACAGCCUUCUCUCUGACCGGGACAUGGUGCUCAAGUGACCACUGGGCCGCUGGUGAAUGGUCACUCGGGCACUGAGGAAGCGUUAAUGACCGGCUGGAUCUCCUCUCUCAUCUGUGUGUCCAGUGUCCAAACUGUGUCGAUGCCGGCGUAAAAGACUCCUACAUUUACAACAACAAAAGAAAUAAAACUUGAGUGUGUACUGAACGGUUGGCGUGUGGAUGAAUGACUCUGUCGGCAUACGUUUGUCUAUUUAUGCUGCCACGGCUGAUUUCAUCGACCCUAGUUUGAGUCGCUUUUUUCAUCUGAUUUUCCUAUUGGUUUUUUUAUCUUAUUUUUGUCAAACUUUUCAAGUGACUCCCAAGUGAGCAGUAUUGUGUGUUCCCAUUUGACUGUUGAAAACUGUCCAGGGUACUGCCUGACUUGUUUGGUUUACCUGUUGUGGAGCAGCUCCCGACAGAACGUGCUGAAGUCAUCCAACAUCUCCCCCUCUGACCCAGGAAGUACACCACACAGGCCAGCAACUAAACAAAACCAUUUUUUUAAAAUCUUGACCCAGUAAUAAAAAAGUUUUUCUCUUUGGGCCCUAUAUGAAAAACUCUUUGGAUGCAUACACAGGAUCACUACAAUAAAUGACUGACAGAAACCUUGCCUACAAAUUGCUCAUUUUGAGACAGCGACACCACCGUGACCCCACCCUUCCACUGUGACCCCACAUUUCUGUGUAAGCCAAGGGGGUUCUACAGUUGUAAGGUCCUUGGUGUAAGCUUGUCGAUUUCAUUCCCCGGCUGUCUAGACGUCUCCACGUGCUCCACGUGAGUCUCGAAAAAUAUUCACCCCAUCUCUUGAAUCGUGUUUCUUAAAGAGUGGUGUUAAAGAAAGCAUGUCCACUUUUGAAUGUUUUAGCUGUAUGCUGUAAAUCCCCUAGUAGAUUUUUGACCCGCUUUAGGCUUCCAUCAAAGACAACGUGUGGGAACAUUAGUUUGCAGUGACAUUUAUAGAUGGGCCUCUAGACUCUCUUGGCCAUCCAACUUCCAGACCUGUGUGCAAAGAUCAGAGGAGUUGUUUUUGUUGUCUCUUUCUCUACGUCCAGUAUUUGUUCAUCUCUUUUCCUACGUCCAGUAUUUGUUACGUCCAGUAUUUGUUCAUCUCUUUUUCUAUGUCCAGUAUUUGUUACGUCCAGUAUUUGUUCAUCUCUUUUCCUACGUCCAGUAUUUGUUACGUCCAGUAUUUGUUCAUCUCUUUUUCUACGUCCAGUAUUUGUUACGUCCAGUAUUUGUUCAUUUCUUUUUCUACGUCCAGUACAGUAUUUGUUAUGUCCAGUAUUUGUUACGUCUCUUUUUCUACGUCCAGUAUUUGCUACGACAGAAAAAGUAUAUUUCUGGGAAGUCUGUCUGUGGAACUUUUUUUUUUUGUAAUCCAGAUUUUCUGCCACAUUUUAGGCUGACUUCGCUUGUGGUAGAAAUAUGAAAGUAAUGUUCUGUGCUUUUGGUUAUAAGUUGGACUGUAGGAUGAAAGAUGUUGUUGUUGAGCACCGGUAUACACCCCACAGAUGCUACUGUCAAUAUUAUUGCUAGUAUUAAGUUUCAUUAUCAUUGUUGAUAUUACUAUAAUUUUUUUAUUUUUUUAUUAUUAUUUUUGUAAUUUUUAUUUUCAUCAUCAUUAUUUUUAUUUCUUAAAAAUAUUUCAGUGACUUACAAGUUACAUGUACCGGAGUGUUGUGCCUUGAGAAGUUGGGAAUCUUUUCCUGCAAGGGAAUAAAGUUAUGUCAGAUGACA